GUCAGCCAACAUUUCAUGGAAAAAAUGGUGUAAGUACAAUUGACUAUAUAAUCUGUAACCAAAACCUUUUACAUAAUACCAAAUACCUCAUGGUCAAACCUCCCAACUAUCUUUCUGACCACAGUCAAGUUGUUGCUUGGUUUGAUCUACAACCAGUCAGCAAUCCCAAGACAAACAUAGAUAGUACAUGUACUGAACAACCCAAACUAGAACAAUUACCCUCACAAUAUAUAUGGGAUAAAGACUCUGAGGCUGCUUUCACUCAAGAGCUCAAAUCCAACAAAAUCCAAAACAAACUCAAUAACUUUUUAAAUAAUGAUUUCUCAGACGAGAAAGAUGGAAUGAACCAAUGUAUAAACAAAUUCCAAAACAUACUACUUGAAGCAUCAAAAAAAUCUCUAAAAAUAAGAAAAACGAAACGCCGAUCCCAGAUCAAUAAUGUUGCAAACAAAAAAUGGUUUGACAAAGAUUGUAGAUUAAAAAGACACCAUCUAAGAAAACUAGCCAACCAAAAACACAGAAACCCAACUAAUACCGAAAUUAGAAACGAAUAUCACAUUGCCCUAAAAGACUACAAAAAUACUCUGCAGAUAAAGAAGAAUAAAUUCCACCAAGAUAAAAUUGAACAACUAGAAAAUGCUACAAACGAUCCUAUACUAUUCUGGAAAAUUCUUAAAAAUAGCACAGAUGAAAUUAAUCCCAAUGAAAGAUCGAAAACACCAUCACAGAGCCAAUGGCUGAACCACUUUCAAACACUUCAUUCGGAACACACUAUUACUGAAAAACAAGAAGAAACUAUAAAACUCUUGAAAGAAUCUGAAAGAUUUAAAGACCAAUUUAAUGACCUAGAUAAAACUAUUACUGAAAAAGAAUUACUCACCGCAACUAGAAAACUAAAAUCAAAGAAAGCUGUUUAUAGUGACAAAAUUAGAAAUGAAAUGAUAAAACUUAGCGCCAACAUAGCUCCACUAAGUUUCUUAAAGGUAUUUAAUAAAAUCUUAGAAUCUGGAAGAUUCCCUGAAACUUGGACGGAAGGUCUUAUAACUCCGAUCUACAAGUCAGGGAACUCCCUAGAUCCCAAUAAUUACCGAGGCAUAUGUGUCUCUAGCUGCAUGGGAAAACUAUUUUGCUCCAUCCUAAACACUAGACUAAUGGAUUUUGUAAAUGAAAAAAAACUGAUACAUCAAUCCCAAAUUGGUUUUAUUCCUGGAAAUCGAACUGCGGAUCACUCACUCACACUGAAAACUCUACACGACAAAUUUAUAAACCAAAACGAAAACAAAAAAAUUUACGCAUGCUUCGUUGACUUUAAAAAAGCCUUUGACUCUGUAUGGCACCAAGGCCUGUUUUAUCAAUUAUUGCAGAACAAAAUAGGAGGACAUUUCUAUGAUCUUAUCACAGACAUGUACUCUAAUACUAAAUGUGCGAUCAAACUCUCAGAAAGCCGAACCCCCUUUUUCCCAUACAAAAAAGGUGUUCGCCAAGGAUGCACUUUAAGCCCAUUACUCUUUAAUAUCUACAUCAAUGAAAUACCGAAACUUUUCGAAAAAAUCGAAUCAGACCCUUUCAUGCUACCAAACGGAACCGAAUUAAAUAGUCUACUAUACGCAGAUGACCUAGUAAUACUCUCCCGAUCAAAAUCAGGUCUUCAAAAUUGCCUUGAUCAACUCCAUGAAUGGUGUGAAAAUUGGUUAUUGUAGAUAAACACUAAAAAGACAAAGAUUAUGAUUUUUCAAAAACGUAACUCCAGCCAACCGACCAAGAUACAAUUUCACAUUGGAGACAAAAAAAUAGAUACAACUAAGGAAUACAAUUACCUUGGCCUCAAAAUAUCACAAAACGGAAAAUUCAAACUUGCUCAGCAACAACUGGGUGAAAAAGCUCUUCAUGCACUUUAUAAAAUCCGAAAAAACAUUGACUUUCGCAAACUAACACCAAAACUUGCAAUGAAGAUUUUUGACUCGAUCAUUUCCCCCAUAUUACUGUACAACUCGUAAAAAUGUAUUGUAUUACAUAUAUCAGACUAUUGUGUGAAUUUGUAAAUGGACACUCAGUUGAUGACACUCAGUUGAGGCAGGAUUUCCCCCAGCAAUGUGAUAAUGUAAUAACUGUAAUCUGACAAUGUGGUGUAACCUGUUUGUGCAUGUAGUUUUACCUGCUUAACAAUAGUACCGUAGUUUAGGUAAAAUACUGUCAUGCAUGUAGUUUCCCAAUACUAUGAAUAUUCGAUUAUGUCUAGGUAAAAUAUCGUAAGAUGCUCACAUGCAAGGACAAUAAUAUAUAAAUAGUUGAAAUUGUAAAAUAUGAGAGGUUGGCAAGGAUGCUGGAAUAAAGUGAACUUAAAAACCAGAUGUGCACGCUAAUUCCUAGUGGCAGUAGUGGGUUUGAAAUCUAGAGUCCCUGAAAUGCGAUUUCAAGCAUUUUGAAGGUGAGAUUUUGCAGAAUUACCAAGAUACAUCAAAGACACAAUUUUUAUGAUCUUGCAAACAUACUGUACCUUUUCCCAGACAUUUAUCUUUGGAAUUAAAUGACUUGGAAAAGUUAAUUGAAUUGUUGGCUGUUUCACCCAAUAUCAGAGCUCAUCAGCAUGCCUAGGAAACACAUUUACUUUUUAUAUUAAAGUAAUGCUGUGAUUCCGACAUGGACAGCCCUUAGAAAAGGCCAGAUGAGCAGCCUGGUUAAAAGGCGCCAGGCAUUCACCUUCACACCUCUGCCAAUGGCAGGAGGAGUUUGGCUAGAAAUGGGUGACCAUUUGGGACAUUUCAUGGAUGUGAAAUUGCUCAGGUUUCACACCACCCCAGUCGAUUCUAACCCUUUAACCCCCCCCCCCUAAUACUACUUGAGCAGCCUGGUUAAGAGGCACCAGACAUUCACCUUCACAUCUCUGCCAAUGGCCUGAGGAGUUUGGCUAGAAAUGGGUGACUAUUUGGGACAUUUCAUGGAUGUGAAAUUGCUCAGGCUUUACACCAUCCCGGUCGAUUUUAACCCUUUACCCAAUACCCCCUACUACAGUAAUUACUAAGUAUCGAAAAAAUAAUUAAUGUGUACACAGUUGUUUAAUUAAAUAUUCGUUGUUAUAUGAGAAUGGUGGCAUGUAAAAAUGAUGUAUUCAUUUGUUUAUCUAUCUUGCCAAAUGUUCCAUGACAAAUUCUCAGUUAUUUCUUAAUAUUCAUUGUAAUACAGUAUGAGGCAUGUAAAAAUGACUUGCUAUUUAUUUGUUAUCUAUCUUGCCAAAUGUUUCAUGACAAAUUCUCAGUUAUUUCUUAAUAUUCGUUGUUAUACAGUAUGAGAAUGGUGGCAUGUUACAAUGACUUGCUAUUUAUUUGUUAUCUGUUAAGUUAUUAUUAUUCAUUUUAAGUUAUAGUUCACACUAGUAUGACUACAAGUAAAAACAUGCAAAACUAUCUCAUCCCUGUCCCACGAGGCUGCCCUUGUUUUCAUGCAGUCAGUAUUACGUCAUAUCAUUACACCCUCCUUUCUUUAACAUGAAUGUCCAAUAACUAACGCAAAUUCCAACUUUAACACAAGUGUUUCUAUAUUAUAAAUAUACUAAAAUGUUUCCUUAGAGGUUCAAUUGUUAACAACAAUUUCUAGUUCUACAGCGAGAGUUUGUAUGGGUUUUUUAUCUCCCUUCCUGUUCUGGUUCUAGUGCGUACGCUUGCUUUUAUUUCAGGCCUCUUAUCUAAGAUCUUUGUGUUUACCUGGUGUUUCUUCUGACUUGCCAAAUCCAUUGCCUGUUCCUUCUCUUUGCUAUCUUUCGCUUUCUCCUGUAUCUUUAACAAGUCUCUCCUAUUACGUCUAAGAACUGCUCCGUUUUUACAUUAUACGAUCUAGGCAUCACUCUUUUCAACACUUCACCUCUGUCUUUCCAGUGGGGUUUCGCAUCCUGUCUUACUCUGACACGAUCUCCUGGAAUUAGUACUGAGAGUUUCUCUGCAUGCUGAUCAUGAUAGAGUUUUUGAUUUUUUCCUGCUCCUUUAUGUCUUUAACAUUGGGUGGUGUUGCUGGAUUUAGAGUAAAGCCUGUGAUAAGGAGAUUGCUGUGUAUUUUCCUACCCAUUAGCAACUCUGCUGGUGUGAACCCAUAAGCAAGAGGUGUAGCCCUAUAUGCGAGUAGUCCCAUUUGAUAAUCUUCUUUGCUUUCAAUCGAUUUACUUAUGAUGUUUUUUACAGUUUGAACUGUCCAUUCUGCUAAUCCAUUGGACUGGAGAAAUCCUGGACUACUAGUUAUGUGAUUAAAAUCCCAUUGUUUAGCAAAUGAGGCAAACUUAGCACUGCUAUAACAAGGUCCGUUAUCACUAAGGACCUCUUCGGGAAUGCCUAAUCGGGCAAAUACUGUUUUCAUGGCAUUGAUUACAGAUUUACUUGACUGACUAGUCAAUUCUUGCACCUCGGGGUAGUUGGAGUAGGCAUCAACAAUAACAAUAUAAUGCUAAUUGUUCAGCUCAAAUAGGUCAGUUGCCACUUUUUGCCAUGGUCCAUUUGGAACUAGGUGUGGUUUAAGGGGUUCUACAGGAUGUUGAUGCUGGUGUUUUUGGCAUGCUUCACAUUGGUUCACCAAUGUAUCUAUCUCGUGGUUCAUACCAGGCCAGAAAACAACUUGUCUAGCCCUUCUUUUACACUUUUCAUGGCCCAUAUGACCUGCAUGAAUCUGGGAUAAAAUUUCUUUUCUUAAUUUUAAGGGGAUAAUUAUGUGUUUACCUUUGUAGAUGAGUCCUUCAUGAAUACAGAGUUCAUCUCUAUAGUUCCAAUAUGCUUGGAGUUCCCAUGAGGAAGCUUGACGUUCAUCUGGCCAUCCGGCUUGGAUUACUUUGAUUAGCUUUUGCAUCGUAUCUUGCUCCAUUUCAUGCUUGAUUUGUGUUUUCUUUCGGUCCGAUACUAAAGUUGUAGACAUUAUUCCCUCAACAUGGACUUGUACAUCAGCUUCUGUGAUGCUGUAAACUUUAGCUUGGUUGGGUAAUCUAGAUAAAGUGUCAGCUGUGCAGUUCUCUUUACCUGGGACAUAAGUGAGGUGCAAGUCAUAUCUUUGUAAUCUCAGACGCAGUCUCUCAAUACGAGGGGGGCAAUCAUGUAAUAGUUUGGAAAAUAUGACGACCAAGGGUUUAUGGUCUGUGUUGAUCUCUACUGGUUGCCCAUAGAUGUAUUGAUGGAACCUUUCACAAGCUGUGGCCAUUGCUAGUGUUUCCAACUCAAUUACUGCAUAACGACUUUCUGCAUCAGUUAAUGCUCUGGAAUGAUAUGCAACAGGUAACCAGUGUCCGUCAGUUUGCUGCUCUAACACAGCACCCAGGCCACUUCGGCUAGCGUCUGUGGAAAUUCUAAUAGGUUUAUAUUAUACAUAGCUAAUAGUUUGGAUUAUACAUAGCUAAUACUGGUUCACUACACAGUAGGUAUGUGUUUCAGUUCUUCAAAUGAUUUGUCAUGUUCAUAAUGCCAUUCCCAUCGAUUCUUUUGUUCUAAAAGCUUUCUCAAAGGCUCGGUUUUAAGCGAGAGAUUAGGCAGGAAUCUUGCCAGAUCAUUUACCAUGCCUAGAAAACAUUGUAGUUCCUUUCUGUUGGUUGGUUUUUCCAUAUUGUUUAUUGCUUGUACCUUACGUUGAUCUGGUUUAAUUCCAUCAACUGAGAUUGUAUCCCCCAAGAAAGUAAGCUCUUGAACUCGGAUUUCACAUUUCUCCAUGCGUAGUUUUAGAUUGUUUUGCUGUGCAACAUGUAAAAUUUGGUGGAGGCGCUGAUCAUGUUCUUCCACAUUGGAUCCCCAUAUAAUUAUGUCAUCCAUUGAUGUGUCAACUCCAUCAACAUGUUCAAACAUUUGGUGAAUUGUGUGGUGGUAUAUUUCUGGUACACUGGAAAUACCAAAGGGAAGACGUAGAUAACAAUAUCUACCAAACUGCGUGUUGAACGUACACAGGUCUGAACUUUCAUUGUCCAAGUUUAAUUGCCAAAAUCCACUUGAAGCAUCAAGUUUGGAAAACACAGUAGCACCUGCAAAUCUGGACAUAACUUCUUCUCUGGUGGGGAGUUUUAGUGUUCUCUCAUAAUGGACUUAUUUAAAUUCUUCGGGUCCAUACAGAUUCUUAAAGCACCAUUAGGUUUGUGCACAACAACCAUUGAGUUAACCCACUGUGUGGGUAGUUCAAAUUUUUCAAUAACUUUCAUCUGUUCCAUGCGGUCUAGUUCAUGUUUAACUUGUUUGAAGUGGAAACAAGGUAUUGCAUUUGGGAUCAACUGAAUAUGCACUUGACCAGGUAUGUCCCGAAGACCAGUAAAUACAUCCGCAUAAUCAGAAAAUAUUGGAUCACCAUUUAGUUGUUUGACUGUAGGUGUGUCUACAUUCUCAGGACCUUGUGGUGGCGUCAAAGAUAUUUUAAGGAUUUGUUGUAUAAGUCCCAUUUUUUCACAGCUUUUUAAUCCUAGUAUUGGUGUGACAUCUUGAGGGCUGAUAAUAAAUUUUAGAUAAUAACUAUGACUGUUGGCAUGCACUCUUAAAAUACACUCGCCUUUCAUAGGAAUCUCACUGCCUUCAUAUGCAGUCAACUUGACUUUAGUUGGUAGUAACUUGGGUUGACCUUUCAAAGUUUUGAAAUCGUUGAAGCUCAGGAUGUUUACAUCAGAACCAGUGUCCAGUUUUAGAGGAAUAAUAGUGUUAUUCACUAGCAAGGGAGUGAUCCAUACAUUUUGGGGGUCCUUAAUAUUUGUUGUUGAUUUCACUGCAUCCACAACAAAAUCCUCGUCAGACAUUACUGAAGUUUGUUGCUGCUCGACUGUUUCCACUUUGGUCUUAGGUUUUUCACUUUGACACAUUUUCUGAAAAUGAUUAAAUCUGCCGCAGUUAUGGCAGAUUCUACCAUUCGCCGGGCAGGAUCUUGAUCCAUGUGUAUAACCACACCUGCUACAAGUAGAUGGGGGGUCUCGUUUCUUGGUUUCAAAUUUCGAUUUGUCCAUGCUGCUGCUUGGGUUGCCUCGUGUAUUUCCGCUACUACUAUUGACUUCAUCAACGUUGUUGAGGUCACAUGUGUUUGACAACGAUUUCAUUUGAGUGGUGGCCGCUUCGUCUGCUCUACAAAUAUCAAUGCAUUUUUAGUGCAAUGUUUCCAUGGAAACGUUGCACUAUUGUGAUGAGUGGCGAAAUUCAAGCGAGAGAUACAUAGAGUAAACUUUCCGGGGGAGUUGCAAAUGUUAUCCCAAUGCCAUAUCUAAAAAAACUUCAAGGUUGGAGAAUUUUUAACGUUAAAACGGUAUUUAUAGCAACAGUAAAAUUUCUUAAAUUUGAUUUAGCUUGACGAUCAAUGUUUAAAGGUCGACAUUACAGCAAUGUUAAAGUUUACUGAGAUAACAAAUAUGGGGAUUCGUGCCAUUAGCACCCCCCGUAUCAUCAAAUUUUCGUGAGAACUGCAAGUCAGCAAAAUAAACACGCACAAAUAAAUAUGACGACGCGUAUGAGUGUUGGUCGAAAUUUUAGAACAGGCUUUGGGCAAACGAUUUAACAUGGGUAUGUAUUAUUUCAAUGCAAUUUUACACUCUAUUUCGGGGCUUCAACUCGCUGCAUUUCAUACGAAGCCCGAGUUUUUGCAUGUCUAUUUAUGAUUUUCUUUAUAGGAAUAUUUCAAUUUAAAUCUCGUAGCUCAAUUUAUGUCACAAAAUUUAGUUGUACAACUAUAUUUCUUUAAAAAGUGUUCUCAGAAUGCAGGAAAUGCUAUUUCAGAGACCAAAAUUUUAAAAAAUUCCCGAGGGCAUGUGCUUAAACCCACCUUCGGUGUUCGCGUACUAUCCAGGGAAAGGGAAAAAAAAUGGCCUGGGCCCUUUGGUAGUUUUGCCCCACCACUGAAGAAUUUAUAGCACGCUCGAUCGUCUAUAUUAAAUCUAUAAUUUCAACCCUAAUCUAUCUUUAUAUGAAAAGUAAUCUGCAAUAAAAGCAUAGUCAUAUAAAAACAGCAUUUUUCUGAUAUAAAAAUAUAAUUUGCGUGCUGUAUAGUCUCAUAGUACAUACAGUCUGUGAACAACCGUCAAUAGGUGUCGCAGAAUUUGACAGAAUUUUUUGUAAUAUUGUUUUAAUUAUUCAUUUAUUGAAGGCCCGCAUAUUGUAGCCUGUGCACAUGCAGACAGCCGCAAUGAGUUUUACUGAUAUGGAUAGUUAUAUAUGACUUGCAUGAAUGUAUGAGAGAUAUUAAGAUAUUUGGUUUUUGUGCCGUAUUAAUUGAAGUAAAAGGAUAAUAACAAGCGCGAAGUUUGCUGAUGGCAUACUAUAAAUCGAGAUAUACUAGCUUUUAAUAACAAAGCCUUUGUUUCAAUAAAUUUAAUUGAAUUCAAGAUUAAAAUUUAUUAUGUCUUAGGUACAGUUCGUAAGUCAUCGUGUUACAUUUAUUUCAAUACAAUGUCAAUGACAAUGUUUACGUUUAUAAAAAGUUGCCAAGUUGGCAAAUUUUACUGUUUAAUUUGGCAAUUAAUUAAUGUGUGAUGUGGCCGAAAUUUCGGCCUAAUCUUAUCAAAGGUAUAAUCUUGUCUGCGUUCUGUAUAUUAAACAAAUUGAAAUGCUACAAAAUAAUAUACAGGAAUAUCGACAAAACUAAUUUUUUGAUACCGUGUUAUGUAUAUAAGCAAUUGAGACAUCCAUGUACGACAUUAAAAAUGUAGCUUCCGGCAGCUACUGUUAGCUACGUACGUCACAAACGUAAACAAACGGUCGGAUAUUUUUGCGACUUGUGGUAUGGUUGGACGGCGAAAAUGGCUGUAAUAAGUUCAAAAGUUCAUCUAAAAGUUCAAAAUUCCGUCUACUUCAAGCUUACUGCUAAUUUACAACAAAAUUAAUUUGCAACAGUUUUGCAUUCGCAAACCGCAUCAUUUGGACAAAUGAAUUGCAAAACUAUCAACAAUAUGUUUGAAAGAUUUGAUAUUACCGUAUUGACUUUUCAAGUUUUCAGAAACAUUGCACUAUCCUUGGAUCCCUAGUUGCAGGUCAAGUUCACUUUUGCGUAACAGUCUUGCCCGUACUUUGUCGCUUUGGAUGCCUUCCACGAUUUGAUCUUGCAAUAAGUCGUCGGCUAACUGCCCAUAACUACAUUUUCGUAUUAUAAUUUUAAGAUCUGUUAGGAAAUGAUCGAAUGUUCCAGGUGUUGUUUUUGACCCUGUCCCACAAGGCUGCCCUCGUUUUCAUGCAGUCCGUAUUACAUCAUAUCAUUACUUUAUCUAUCUUGCCAAAUUCUCAGUUAUUUCUUAAUAUUCGUUGUUAAACAGUAUGAGGAUGGUGGCAUAUGUAAAAAUGACUUGCUAUUUAUUUGUUAUCUAUCUUGCCAAAUGUUUCAUGACAAAUUCUCAGUUAUUUCUUAAUAUUCGUUGUUAUACAGUAUGAGGGUGGUGGCAUGUAAAAUUGACUUGCUAUUUAUUUGUUAUCUAUCUUGCCAAAUGUUACAUGACAAAUUCUCAGUUAUUAAUUAAUAUUCGUUGUUAUACAGUAUGAGGAUGGUGGCAUGUAAAAAUGACUUGCUAUUUAUUUAUCUAUAUUGCCAAAUGUUUCAUGACAAAUUCUCAGUUAUUUCUUAAUAUUCAUUGUAAUACAGUGUGAGGAUGGUGGCAUGCAAAAAUGACUUGCUAUUUAUUUGUUUGUUAUCUAUAUUUCCAAAUGUUUCAUGACAAAUUCUCAGUUAUUUAUUGAUAUUCGAAAAUGAGGAAGGGUUUUACCUUAAUACAUGUUUAUGUAUAUGCAGGGAGUAAUCAAAGACAAAGUGUAACAUGUUACAUAAAUUUUAAACGAGUAUUCCCUUCAGCAAACUUAUCUAUAACUUUUUCAACAUCAGGAACAAAUUCAGUAUGAAUCCCCAUCAGUGCCAAGCCAUUUAAACGUUCUUCCACCAUAGUGCUCCUCUGGUAGGUUUUAAGAUUUCAUAAUGCAGAAAAUGAUCUCUUGCAUUCACAAGAAAUAAUUGGGAGAGUUCCUAAAAUACAGAGAAUAACUUUAAUGUUUUCAAAUCCUUGAAAGCUAACACAUUUCAAAGUUGUAAUGUUAUCUGGAAGAGGACCAUUAUAUGUGUCCCAGUAAAUAAACCACUGCCUUAAUUCCAACCUGUUUCACAGGGUCUCACCUCCGCCACGCCCCCAAACACCGGCUCCAGUGAGACCCUGUUCGGGUAUGGUCAUGUGAUAUCCCAGAUUUUGGGAUAUAGCGUAAUUUGUCGUUAACGUGGGUACUUGGGGUAGAGUUAUUAACUGCAGUCAUUUCUAAAAAUAGUAGAACUUGACAAUUUAGUUAAUGAUCACAUUUGGCAGUUUUCGAAGUUCUAUAUUUGAAAUAAAACCAAUUACACUACGAAAAAACGUUAUAUAUAAUAUGGUUCGCGGCAUUUAGACUGAGUGAUUUAGACUCUUGUUGUCAUCUGUUUCUUGCUAAAUAUAUGUGAUCACUGUUCACAAUGAUAUUAUUAAUACAUUGUGGAUUUUAAAAACCGUCCUUCAUAUAUAUUAAUAUAAUGCAGAUCAGAUGUAUUUGUCAAAAUAAAAUGGAUACAUUCUAGUGUAUUUGCUAAAAAAGCUUAUCAACUAUAUACGAUCUCUCACCUUUACAUAAAUUGAAAAUAUGCAGUGCUAACAGUAUGUGUUUCAGAGAUGUGAACCCUAAGUAACAAAAAUGCGGGUGAUAUAUAAUUUUUGACAUGACGUCAUUUUUUGUUGUUGAGAAAAUUGAUUGGUGAUUUAUAAAAGCCUUGCUAAGCCCCAUAUUUCUAACUUCCAUAGAUAUUUAUAUUCUUGUUUAUGACAAAACAGAUGUAUACAAACAUCUUAAGAGUUAAGUCUAGUUGAAGUAGAAGUAGAUGUGCGCAUGCAUACACUCUACCAACCAAAAACAGAACAACGAAUCAAGAAUCAGAAGACAGAAUCACAGAAUGCGGGUGAAUUGCUAUAAAAUUUGCUAAUGCGGGUGAUUUUAUGUGCCAAUUUUUCCGUGUGUGAUGAUUCCAAAAUGCGGGUGUCACCCACUCAAUGCGGGUGAGUUCACAUAUCUGGUGUUUAUAUAUGUUUUAACGACUUGGCACGAUGUUUAGUUUUGUGUAAAUAAAUGUCCGCGUAUUAUUACAUGAUGUUUGACAAAUUUGCGUUGAUUCUGUCAUUGCACAUUGCCAUUAGUAUAGUAUAUAGGUUUUAUGUCAAUCUGCACGAUUCAAAAUAUUUACAUGUUCAUUUUGUUAAUAUAUGUGAUGGCUCUUAUGGCUUCAUAUUACAUGCUUAAAUUGUAACUCUGUAUGACUGCACAUGUCUUUUGUGACGUGUAUGUUAUACCAAAGCAUUGACAAAGUUAUUUUAGUACAAUUAACAUAUAGUUGCAAUUAUAUAGUGCAAGAGAAGUCAUCCACAUGUUGUACUUUGACUUUGUUGAAUUAUUGUAAAAGAUAAAACCGAUAAAAGGAGCAAUAAUAUACAAUUUGUGACAGAAAGCAAACAUACAUGUUCUGGGUUUAAUAAUAGUUCAUUACUUAAUAUACACAAGAAACAGUAGAGGGCCAACGAUAAAGUGUUUAUAAAGAUACUUCUUCACUCACCAAUAAUUUUAGUGAUAAUUAUUGGCAUUGCAAAAUUUAUAAUGACAACAAUAGGGUCAAUACACACAAUAGCUUUAUAGCACAACUGGGUUUGACAUACUGCUAAAAAGGAACUUUCAAAAUCAGAUUCCUGCUGUGAUGCUUUCUCUACUCUUUCAGUUACCUGGCUUUAUUACAGUUGGACCUUAUUUAUCACCUAAACUAUAAAGGCUGUUUAAAAUACUCUGCUAUUUUUAGUCAAUUAAUAACUGCUCAAUCAUGCCACCCCUUGCUACCCCUACUGAGUAUAGCAUGUGGUCAUGACUCACAUGAGCACACCAUACCAGGGUCUCUCCGGAGCAGGGGGUGAGCGGAGGUGAGACACUGGGAACAAGGUUGCCUUAAUUCAGUGUCCAAAGCAAGGAGAUUGGGCAAGUCAUCAUGAUAGAAAAUAGCAACAAUUUUAAACUGCUCUUUCCAGUCAACUUCUUUCUUACUCAGUGACAUCAUCUUCGCAGGCACAGUAUUUAAACCUUUAUAAACAUUAAUGCUAUCCAAAUUAAAUCCAGCAUCCAAAGAUGAUUGAAGAUGAUCUAAUAAAGGGAUAGUAAUGGUUAGUUUAUAAUGCUCUGAAAAAAAUGGCUGGGAGGGUUUGAUCGAGUGGUUUGCCUUCCAACAACCCUUUUCUUCCCUUUCUGAACCUUCACCUCUUCCGACAACUUCAAUGCUUCCUCAUACCAGGUGUUAUGGUAGAAAUCAAUGUUGGUCCUCAUUUGUACAACAUCAUUUUUCAGCGUUUGUAUCAAGUGGAACCCGUCCAUGAUAUCGACACUUUUCCCUUGCAAUAACUGGGUGACAAGAAGUGUAGUGUCAAGGAUGUGUCUAGUAAUAACUAAUGCAACUAUAAAAUCAAACUUGGUAAUGAAUGUAAGCAAAGAUGAUGCAUCAGCAGAAAGAGAACGGUUCGUCUCACCACUAACAUUGUUAGCUAUGUCAUGCAGUGUGUCAAUUAAUGGGAUAAAUAGGUCUUGAAAAGUGUCAAGACUUUCAACCCGCUCAACCUAUCUGGUUUUACAAAGACUUACCAGCUUGGUCUUCUUUGUAUUGAGGUCAGAAUCCUCAAUAUGGUCAGCAAAAGGCAUAUUAUGUGUCUGUGAAAUAUUAAUAAAGUUAGCAGCUUUGCUGACAUUUUUUAGCAUUUUGUUAACUUCGAGUAUGGAAAGUGUGUCACAAACAGAUAAAUUCAACCGAUGACUGUAACAAUGGGUGUAAAGAGCUUUUGGGUUAACUCUUAAAAUAUGAGCAGCCAAACCAUUAAUGUCAUUACCAAAAAUUUCAGACAAAAUGGCGAACAUAUUUAGAAUUAAUUCAUUCUGAAAUUCAAAAUGGCAUCGCUAUUUUACUAUAAUUUAUAUAGAAAAUAAUUUAAAAUGUAAAAAUUUCCAUACAUAUACAUUAAGAUCCGUGUUUGCCACACUCUUGCUGUAGAGAAAAUAUAUCUAAGAGGUAUUUGAAGCGAUAUUUAUCACAAUCGAAAGAAUACCUUUUCUGCCAAUUGCAAUUUUAUGAUGUGGAUUUAACGCCUAUCCAAACCCUUAUAUUUCCCACAAUAACUUCAAAAUAUCCUACCUUUGAGUUCGCAUUGUAGGUAAAAUAUUUGUCCAAAUUUAGUUGCCGCACUCUGAAUCGAUUCCUCUAGCCUUAAGCAAUUGAAUUCGAUGAACAAGUGUUUCUGUGCAUUUUCACCCACUCUGCCAAAUGCUAUUAAACAUUCGCAAUAUUUAGCAGAAGAAAUUCCAUGAUUUCAACUCCGUAUGUCCAAUAAUAAAGCCAAAAUAAAACAAAUAAUGCCUUGGUCGUUGCUCUUUCGUACAUCGUUUUGGUCAGCCAUGUUUUUGUUUUUAUGAGUAUUACCGCUUAAAUGUCGUUUUAGGGGCUCAGAUAAGGCUUUGUUCCCACCUAUUAUUUAAAACAUUGACAAAAUGUCUACCCUAUUGAGCGAUUAUGAGAAGGAAAAAUGUGCAUUCAAAUUGAAAGUCAUUGGUUCACCUUUGGAAUAUAUGAACAAGGAGAGGAUAGAUAAGUUUUCUAUUGCCCUGGCUAUUGAAAUACCUUAUCCAUUAUUGUAUUUAUGGUACAAAAUAGCUGGCUUAACAGAUGAGAAAGGUGAUACUUUUGAUCAUAUUGAUCUGCUGAAUGGAUGCAUACCAAAUAAAUGUUUUCAAGUAAGUCGAGCAUCAGGAUACAGAAUCGAAGGUAGACUACGGCGGACAGCUGGCUCUGUGGUUUCUAAACUAAGCAAGGUUACUGGCAGUCGCAAGAAAAAGGAACUGAAUUCCAAAACACAUUCACUUAGUAUAUUG